GUCCUUUGAAAAAGACCAUCGCGUGGAAUGUGUUGGCUGCGUGCGUUGCCAAGCAUUUCCAUGGUCGACUCCUGAACCAAACUCUUAAUGAAGCUGAUAACUUGGCGUCAUCUGCUCCACUAAUCACAACCCCCAGAGCCCACCAAACCAAACUCAUAAUGUGGUGGUUCGGCCGGAAGGGAGCGUCGGGUUUCUCGUCUUCUUCCACGGCCGAGGAGGUCACUCAUGGAAUCGACGGCUCGGGCCUCACCGCCAUCGUCACUGGAGCGUCCAAUGGCAUAGGUAAAGAAACUGCCCGUGUCCUUGCCCUGCGCGGUGUGAAUGUGGUCAUGGCCGUCAGGAAUAUGGCUGCUGGUCGUGAUGUCAGAGAAGAAAUAGUGAAGGAAAUACCUAGUGCAAAGGUAGAUGCGAUGGAAUUGGAUCUCAGCUCAAUGGUGUCUGUCAGGAAAUUUGCAUCCAACUUCAAUUCAUCCGGUCAUGCACUAAACAUCCUCAUUAACAAUGCAGGAAUUAUGGCAACACCAUUCAUCUUAUCAAAAGACAACAUAGAGUUGCAGUUUGCCACAAAUCACAUAGGUCAUUUCCUUUUGACAAAUCUUUUGCUGGAUAACAUGAAGAAAACAGCUCGUAAAAGUAGCAGGGAAGGAAGAAUUGUGAAUGUGUCUUCAGAGGCUCACCGAUGGACAUACAAUGAAGGCAUCCGGUUUGAUAAAAUCAAUGACAAGUCAGAGUACCAUGGAUACAAGGCCUAUGGACAGUCCAAGCUCGCCAACAUUCUCCAUUCUAACGAGCUAGCAAGGCAGUUGAAGGAAGAUGGGGUGAAUAUAACUGCCAAUUCUCUCCACCCUGGAGUAAUUGCUACAAAUCUUUUCCAACAUAACAUCAUAUCCAGCGGUUUUAUGGCGGGAGUCGGAAAACUUUUGUUUAAGAGUGUUCAGCAGGGGGCUGCAACGACAUGCUACCUGGCGCUGCAUCCUCAAGUCAAGGGGGUUCGCGGCGAAUACUUUUCGGACAGUAACUUGGCUAAGGCAAGCUCAAAGGGCAAAGACGUUGAGUUGGCCAAGAAACUCUGGGAUUUUAGCAUGAAUUUGGUCAAGUGACGCAUUUGGGAUCCGUCAUGCACUGCUAUGCUGGAAAACGAAACACAAUAGUAUUUGAGUACUGUUAAUAGGGUCAUGCCAACGCUUGCUCAUGUCCCUUUUUUAGUUUAUUCAUCAAGAGAUAAUUCGAUUUUCAGUACUGAUCAUCCGCAACAGUUAAUGCAAGAAAAGCGUAUGUAUGAGUAGCUUUUUUCUUUCAUCUUUUUUUUUGGGUCUGAUAUGUAUGAAUAACUUAAAUCAUUUUUAUUUUAGAUGUUUGAAAGUA